GAACGCUGCUGCACAACGCGUUGAUGAAUUUGGGCUUCAACCCCUGGACAGCUCCGGAGGACCAUCUGCAGCUCUUGAUGUUUCACUUCAGUUUGUCCGUGGAGGCUCUUAAGGAUCUCUUGGUGAGGAUCUCGAGCCCUCCGUGGACCAAGCAGCUCCAAUCCAAGGAGCAGUACGAUGCAGUCUCCAAGUUUUUUCGCAGCCGUGCACGAGGUGGAGAGACACCGAGCGCCGGCGGUCAAAGCGGCGCUCGGUACCCGCUCCUCGAGAGCCGGAACUUCCACCGGAUCCUCACCGAAGAGGUCUCCCAGCACCUGAGCCCCGCGGUCUUACGGGUGCUGGGCGUGGCGCGGGGCAUCCAGAUCUGCCAGGAGGAUCCGCGCGCGCCCUUUCGCGCGGCUCGACAGCUGCCGGACGCGCUGUUCGCCGAUCUGGAGCGCAACGCCUAUCGGGUCUUGGGAUGCCAAAUGCAUUGCCUGAGGAGGAGCUUUCGACAAGAGGUGAGGGUGGUGGACAUGCUUCAAUCCGAUGGACCUUGUCCCUGCAAGAUGGUGGCCAGCUGUUCCGACAGCCUUUACGAGCACUGCAAAGCCAAUGCAUUGCCUUCACGCAGCGCCACGGGCCGGUGGAUGGCGCGAUGUUGGCUGCACUGUGCCAAAGGAUGGCCUCGCGAGGCGACCUACGACCCGGACACGGCACAGAUCAUCGCGGAGGAGUUCGUCGCACACAAGUUUGAGGUGACCGACUUCACGAUGAAAGUCCUGGUCGAUUUGACCAAUCUGGGCUACGAAGAGGGCCCCAUGCUCUUCCUCAAUGCCGUGAAUCGACAUCUGGACAUCUCCUCCGGCUUGGAACAUUUGCUUCUUCGACGGCAAAUCGGUCGACCGGGGCCGUAUGUGCGACCCGAAGGUGCUGGGUGGCAGGACGAUGCGCGCUGAACCACCCGGGCGACAUGCCGAAGAUGGAUCGACACUCUAAUGCAUAGACUGUUAGAUGAGGCUUUUCGGAUCCCCCCCCCACGAUUCCCCAGGCCUCUACGCUUCUACACAGACGAUGUCCAGGGGGAUAAGCCAGUUCCUCAAGCCGUGGUUGUUUGUGUUCUGGGCACUGCCCGAAUUGGCUGCAGGACUCAGCCGUCGCGUGGUGAGAUCGGUUUCAGAUCCAGCACCAAGGAGGGAACAGGUGGUGACCGACAUUGUGGUAUUUUCCGACGUGUUGUCCAUCCCAUCCCGAACGAGUUUGUGCUGGAUUGGCUUUAUUCUCUCUCCCAAGGACGUGCCUUUGGAACAUGAUCCGAACCAGGCCGAUCGGGCUCGAGCGAUGGCUCCACUGUGCGGCGCAGCAGUGUCGAAGCUCCCUGGUGCGUUUCGCACUGCGGCUGGGCGCUGAGGCGGCGGCGAAACCCGCUUCCGCUCCCACUCGCCGCGUGGGGGGCGAAGGGUUUUCCACCGAAAGAAGCCAUCCUCAUAGGGGGUGCCCGGUGGCUGGAUGGUGAUGUGGUCGGAUGGGAGCGGAUGGUCGGUGAGGCACCCGCCCUGCUUCUUUUUUUUGCUGGCCAGUCCGGAGGGCGUGGAAGGCAUCGGACCAAAAGCUGAG